CCGCCCCCUCCCCCCCGCUCCGCCCGCUCAGAGCACGAUGGCAGCAUCUGAAGUAGCUGGCGUGGUGGCCACUGCUCCCAAUCCUCCGGAAUCCUCUUCUAGUGUCUGUGCUUCCAAACCAGACGAAGGUCCUCCAGAUGGUCUAAGCCCCAAAGACCCUGCACAGAAGCAUAAGAACUCGCCUCUGUCGAGUGUAAGUAACCAAACGAUAACCAAGGAGAAUAACAGAAAUGCCCAUUUGGAACACCCAGAGCAGAAUCCUGGCUCAUCAGCAGGUGACACUUCAGCAGCGCACCGGGCGGUUUUAGGAGAAAACGUGAUAGCCACAGCCCUUGGUCUGUCUGGCGGUGGGUCCCAGUCUGAUCUGAAGGACGUGGCCAGCACGGCAGGAGAGGAGGGGGACACGUGCCUCCAGGAGAGCCUCCACCCCGCCGCUCGGUCUCUUAAGGCAGGGUGCCAUUCAAAGCAGCUUGCCUCCAGGAAUUGUGCUGAAGAGAAGGCCCCACAAGCCUCCAUCCUAAAGGAAGGGAGCAGGGACCCAGGCUUGGAGUUCCCACCUGUGGUGCCUCCAGCAAAUGGGGUUGAAGGAGUCAGAGUGGAUCAGGAUGAUGAUCAGGAUAGCUCUUCCCUGAAGCUUUCUCAGAACAUUGCUGUCCAGACUGACUUUAAGACGACUGAUUCCGAGGUAAACACAGAUCAAGAUAUUGAAAAGAAUCUGGAUAAAAUGAUGACAGAGAGAACCCUGUUGAAGGAGCGUUACCAGGAGGUCUUGGACAAGCAGAGGCAAGUGGAGAAUCAGCUCCAAGUGCAAUUAAAGCAACUUCAGCAAAGGAGAGAAGAAGAAAUGAAGAAUCACCAGGAGAUAUUAAAGGCUAUCCAAGACGUAACAAUAAAGCGAGAAGAAACGAAGAAGAAAAUAGAGAAAGAAAAGAAGGAGUUUCUGCAGAAGGAGCAGGAUCUAAAAGCUGAAAUUGAGAAGCUUUGUGAGAAGGGCAGAAGAGAAGUGUGGGAAAUGGAACUGGAUAGGCUCAAGAAUCAAGAUGGUGAAAUAAAUCGAAACAUUAUGGAAGAGACAGAACGGGCCUGGAAGGCAGAGAUCUUAUCAUUAGAGAGUCGGAAAGAGUUGCUGGUAUUGAAACUAGAAGAAGCAGAAAAAGAGGCAGAGCUACACCUUACUUACCUCAAGUCAACUCCCCCAACACUAGAGACAGUUCGUUCCAAACAGGAGUGGGAGACAAGACUGAAUGGAGUUCGGAUAAUGAAAAAGAAUGUUCGGGACCAGUUUAAUAAUCACAUCCAGCUCGUGAGGAAUGGAGCCAAGCUGAGCAGCCUUCCUCAGAUCCCUACCCCCACCCUGCCUCCACCCCCAUCAGAGACAGACUUCAUGCUUCAGGUGUUUCAGCCCAGUCCCUCUCUGGCUCCUCGAAUGCCCUUCUCCAUUGGGCAGGUCACAAUGCCCAUGGUUAUGCCCAGUGCAGAUCCCCGGUCCUUGUCUUUCCCAAUCCUGAACCCUGCCCUUUCCCAGCCCAACCAGCCUUCCCCACCCCUUCCUGGCUCCCAUGGGAGAAAUAGCCCCAGCUUGGGUUCCCUUGUCGGCCCCCAUGGUCCGCACGUGCCCCCUGCCGCCUCCAUCCCGCCUCCUCCAGGCUUGGGUGCUGUUAAGGCUUCUACUGAAACUCCCCGGCCCCAACCAGUAGACAAACUGGAGAAGAUUCUGGAGAAGUUGCUGACUCGGUUCCCACAAUGCAAUAAGGCCCAGAUGACCAACAUUCUUCAGCAAAUCAAGACAGCACGUACGACCAUGGCAGGUCUGACCAUGGAGGAGCUGAUCCAGCUGGUAGCCGCACGACUGGCAGAGCAUGAGCGGGUGGCGGCGAGUACUCAGCCACUUGGUCGGAUCCGGGCCCUGUACCCUGCUCCACUGGCCCAAAUCAGUACCCCAAUGUUCUUGCCUUCUGCCCAAGUUUCAUAUCCUGGGAGGUCUUCACAUGCUCCAGCCACCUGUAAACUGUGUCUAAUGUGCCAGAAACUUGUCCAGCCCAGCGAGCUGCAUCCGAUGGCAUGUACCCACGUGCUGCACAAGGAGUGUAUCAAAUUCUGGGCCCAGACCAACACAAAUGACACUUGUCCCUUUUGUCCAACUCUUAAAUGACGGACCUGACUGGGGAGGAUGAAGAGGAGAAACUGAUGUGAACAGGAUGCGCGGGUUCCAGAUUUCUAAAACUCUAUAUUUAUACAGUGACAUAUACUCAUGCCAUGUACAUUUUUAUUAUAUAGGUAAUGUGUGUAUAGAAAGUCUGUAUUCAAAUGUUCGUAAAUGAAAGUAUGUAUAUUAUGCAGAAAUGGUCUGUCCCCCUCACCUUGCAGGUCCUCUGGGGGAAGCAGAUUAUAGGUAAGGUGAUGUUUCAUUUGGCCUUGAAAUUACGGUAUUCCUGCCUAGGGCUGUUUUCAGAUACAUGUAAAAAACCAGCUAGGAAGCUACUCUUGCUUUACGGUCACCCUGCUUUGGUUUGGCUCAGCCUCUAGUCCAUUUUCUUAAGGCUCAUGUAUGCAGAUUUGAACCCUGGUGCUCACCUGCUGUUCAGCCAGAUGCCUUGCUCACUGAAAGCCUCCGGAAGCCUCAGUGCUGUUCAGCCCCUCUCCUCCAAAUGGAGAAAAUGAGACUGAUUGAGGAAAACAAGAUGUAACCCUGACAGUUUGACUUUUCAUUUUGAAUGUUUUACUGUGUUAACACUCAUUAUUUGUACAUGACAUUAGGUUCACAGAAUAGUCUGUUUUACAUCAGCAAAAUUCACAGUCCAAGAAUAACAGUGUAACCAGGUCCCAUUGCCCCCAUGCCUCCCACAGACUUCUGUCCACCCUGCUUCCUGGGUAGUCAUCCCUUCAGAAACUAGCACAGCCCACAGGUCUGUUCUGGGCCACGCCCUCCGUUUCCACCACUGCCUUGGCUUCUGAUCAAGCUCUCACAGACCAAGCUUGUGAAGUCCUCACCUCUUCCCCUUCACUUGUGGUUUCCUGGUCUAGCUAUUCCCUCUUCCCCCUGAAGGUUAAGGCGGUUGGUUCACAACCAAGUUGUUUGGUGACCUUGAGUGAGUUCCAGGCAGGCACUGGGGUGAGGAGAUGUCUGUGCAAAAUUACUUUCAGAAUGAUCAUGGGAUAUAGGUUUGAAUUUUUGAAGCCAGAAAGCUAGGGGGACAUGUUUCCUGUUAGGGAGAAAAUGGAGACCAAAGUAAUAUGAAGAAGGGAGAUUAGAUUUCAAGUUUAUAAGUCAUUUGUUCUGUGGAUAGCUAGUUGGAACUGAGUCAUUUUUCCACCUCUUCUUACUGAGCACUUCCAGUUCCUAGGUUUAUACUUGGGAAAGUUGAGUUUCUAUUAGAGCUUUGAAUUUUUUCCUAUCCUUUUAUCUUUACUCUUAAAGGAAAUGACUUCAGGCAGAUUCUUUACCAGCUGAGCCACCAGGGAAGCCCAAGAAUACUGGAGUGGGUAGCCUAUCCCUUCUCCAGGGGAUCUUCCCAACCCAGGAAUUGAAUCAGGGUCUCACACAUUGCAGGCGGAUUCUUUACCAGCUGAGCUACCAGGAAAGCCCAAGUAAAAAUUAAGCAUUAAUAAAAAAUUAGCUCCAGAGAAAGGAUAUUAUUAUAUUACCAACAGCUGAAUUUUUCCCAUUCUUGGACCUGGAAAUGCUUACUGGCACUGGCAGUACUUAUGAGGGUAGCAGAGACUUUUCCUGUCAGAGCAAAUAAUUCUCUCCUCUGUGUUUAUGUGAUGCUUCCUACUUUGUCUUUCACCCUGGCCUGUCAGGUCAUGAACAGACUUUUUCUCCUCUCUUGUCUCACUUGCCCAGGUUUACUGACUGGCAUCAGUAUAAGGAGCUGGAUUUCCCGGGAUCUCCUUGGCAUCUCAUAGGGUGAUUGAAAUGGCCUGAACACUCCCCACUGUAGAGGUCAGAUGACCCACUUUCUUUGGUUAAUGACAUAUUAAUGUCUCCCGUUUGGCAGCUGUCAUGAACAGGGAAGGUGGCAAUGUGGAAGACCAGUUCGUUUUUUUCACUUGGGGGAGGGAUUCAUUUUUUAUCCUGUAAUCUUCAGAUUUUAUCUCCCCUCAACUUGGCAGCAGCCUUCGGGCCUUUUGCUGUAUUUUUCAAUAUCCCAUGAAAAUUUAGAAAUUAGAAAUAGGUAUAAAGAAUAUUCUGUUUCUUUCCCACAAAUUCUUAAUGCCAGAGCCGUAAAGAGAAAGAAGAAGGGGAUGGGGGCUUAACUGCUUCCUAAUGAAAGCCCCUGGAAAGCCGGCUGCCACAGGGGGACAGUGUGGCAGAGGUUGUGCGUGGGGGCCGGGCCUCAUCAUCGCUCUCUGCUUUCUUGUUCAGGAUCCAUCCAAAAGCAACACUUAGGUUUUGGCCACUGUUCUCCCUUUUCCCUCUGUCCCCUGGCCUGCACUGGUACAAGCCAUGCAGACCCAUGGGGAAGGCCCCUGAUGCAGUGAGUGGAGAUGGCACAGUCAUUUUUCUGGUGUAGAUUUAAAAAUAGAAAUAUAUAAUACAUAUUUUUACAAGCAAGAAGCUGUGGUCAGGAUUUUUUUUACACUUCAGAAUUCAUGGUUUCAGGGUAAGAAAGGAAGAAACCAUGAAAAGAAAAAUAAGUACAAGUUUUCUCUUUUAAAGAAAAAAGUCAGACAAUGAGUCUUACUAAUGAAGGGGUUGAGUUUUAUGCCCUGGAAAGAGCUGGGGAAAGCCAGUUUUCCCCAGCAUGGGUCAAGAAUUAUAAAGCAGAACGUGGCCUUUUCAUUUCAUAGAAGCAAUUCUGGAAGUUUAUUUACACAGUAAGUUCGGAACCAGAAGUGGACAGUCUCCGAUCUUGCUGUCAGUCUCUGUGGUCAUGGGGUGUUCCCAGCCAGCCAGAGCAGCAUCAAGUGCAGUGGGAAUGAAGAGGACUCGGAUAAAAAACUGUGACUCAGUAUUCUUGUUUUAUUGGUUUAUGGCUUAUGGGCAGCUGACUGAGGCCAGGAUCUCCCGAGGCCCUCCUUGUGUUUCCCUCUGCCUCUUCUGCAGGUAUUUCCACUCUCUGCAGGUCCCAUACCUGGAAGCAGUGUGUUGACCAGAUAGGAAUAGGAUCCAGUGGAACAGUCAGAGAAUGCAGCUCUUCCCACUAACACUGGUCUAGUCGACUGGCUUAGAACUGAUAGGGAGGAAAUGAACUUGGUCCCCACUGCCUGGCCCAAGAACCAGCCUGGGUGCCCAAGUCGUAUGAGGAGUGGGGUGUAAAGAGCAGGAUGGGGCCAAGGAUGGCAUCCUUCAAGGGACUCUUGUGGUGAAAGGAAUCAGAAAGCCUGGGGGCUGCCAUCCUUUCUCCACGCAGCCUAGUUCCUGAAGGUGAUGCUGCUGGAGCCAAAAAGCCCUGUGUUCCUGACACUCUUGGCAUAAUACUAGUGCCACUGUGGGAUGCCUUAGCCAAAUAAAUGAGGGCGACCUUGAGAGGGUGAGAAGGCAAUGAAGCUGCUCUGAUUAUGUCAAGAUCUUACUGCCACUUACAGCUGAACAGAAAGAAAUCCAGGCAGGGGUAUAGAGCAUCAACUCUGUACCUGUAGAAUGAAUCUCCAGGAUUCUGCUUUCAAGGAUUAGCGAGGGGAGGACUCCUAUCUGCUCUUAGCACCUCAGCUGCGAAGCUCUGGAGGAAUGGGGCUUGGGUGGAGGUGGGGUGAACAGGCAGCCAGGAAGACAAAGUGCAGCCUAUUGUAUUUGCUCUCUUCUGGUUGAUUUCCCAUAGGGCAUCUGGGGCUCCUGGGGUUGAGGAUGUUUCAGUGCUGCCUAUCACAUGUAGACUAGAGGGUUCAGGUAGGGACAAGGAAUUAAUAAGGUAGAAACUCAUUUGUCAGAUGGAACCUUUUAGUGGGCACUUUUCCUUUAAGAGAGCUAAAAAGAGCUUUUUUGGCUAGAGAAGCCCUUUUUCCCAUCGCACUUUUGGUCCAGCUGCAACCACAGAAAAGACGCUGGGAAGCAACACCCAUCCUAGAAGAUGGGCUCUGUCUUGGAGAUGCUGUCUAAAACUGGGCCUGGCGAGCAUCCGCUUUCUAACCUUGCCUAGCGCUGAUCCCAGCUGUUCCCUGUCUUUGCACUCCCUCUCUGUCUCCUCGUCCAGCCACCCCCAUUUGUACAAAUUAUUUGUACAAAUUGUUUUUUAAUUUUUUUUAAUUCAAGAGGCAGUCUUUGCACCAAGGUUAGGUUUGUCUAUACAGUCCCUAUCUCUAAAGCAAAUAGCAACCUGUGCAUCCAUCCGUUCCCGCUGACUGGCCAGCAGGGAAGCGAGAUUGGCCCUUGCUCUGCCAGGGUACUGCAGAGACACCUGUUGGGCGGGGCAGGGGGAGGUCACCUUACUUCCAGAAGUAAGAAAAGGAGAAUACUUUGGGUUGGAGACUCUGUAAAGGGAUGGUGGUCAAAGGUUCAGGGCUGAAGUUUCAAGCAGCAGGAUUUCCCAACUCAAGUCUGAGGUGACCAAGAGUAUUCCCGCUGUCAGAGUACUUCUUUCUUCCCUGUCCUGGUUCCUACAGGUGCAGUCCCUGCAACCCACCUUGCCAGCUUUUCCUUCUUCUCUGUCAAGACAGAGGCAUUGGUGGGUGGGCGAGGCUCUUGAGGUGCCCUGGCCACAGGUGCCAUCCGUGUCUCCUCCUCGUGGCCAGGGUGAACCACCAGCUGCGGUUCGGGAGUGUCUCUCUCUCCUGCCCGCAUGCCUCCUCACUUGAGCAGGGAGAUGUCGUCAGCAAAGUCGUCGUGCUGGUGGCGUAGGCAGCGGAGGCAGCGCCACUGGCACACCAUCAGGCAGAGGGGCAGCAUGAAGAGCGCGCAGAUGGCAGCCAUGACGUAGGCUAUGGUCAUGAGGGUCGACUCGUCCGUCUGUGGGAUGUUGUAGCCACAGUCUUCCAUGUCGGGCGUGACGAAAGGGCCCUCCACCGCUGCCGUCCUGAACUCAUCAUGCACUGGGGAAAGGGCAUAUGUGAGUCACAAAGCAGCUAGGAUUACACAGCAGAACGAGCUUCCUGGGACAGGCCUUGAAACCAGCCCUUGAGGAGGCUGUAGAAUCUCCCUUCCGGGUGAUGCUUAGGAGCAGGACAGACAGCCACUGCUAGUGGAGGCACGGCUCUCCCCGCCAGGUCAUUGAGGGCAGCAACCUUUUCCUGUCUCCCUGUCCAGUAGGAAUGAUACCUAAAAUCCAGUCAUUCUAAGCUGACCAAAAAGCCAGCCCCACAUAUACUUAGUAAACUCACCUGCUCCUGCUGAAACUCAGUGGCAAGCCCCUGCUAGUCAUGUUCAGCUCUGGCUUACGGCAGCUGACAGGGUCGCCGCUGGCCCAACCUACUGCCUGUGGAUCUAGAGCUUUCCGGGGUGCCGGAGCAAAUGUUACUGCUCCGAGUCUCCAACAGAGGUUGCCAGUCCAGGCAGGGGUCACCACGCCAAGUGACCACAAGAAAAGCACAAGCACAGACACUAGCUUUUACACAAUGUGUGGCCUCUGGCUUGAGGUACUUCCCUCCCAGACGGAUAGGGGCCUGGUGCCCUCACCGCUGGACAGGGAGAACAGACUGACCCCACACCCCCAUCCCUGGUGCUCUCACCAUGGCAAGCACUGACAGCAAAGCCGAUUCGUUUCCGGGCCCGAUCAAAGACAACGUAGAAGCCCUCCAUGAUGACCGCUCCCAUGACAGUGCCGGUGGACGACUGUGAAAUGGCGAACUUGUAACAGUCGUCUUGGGAGGUGGCCACAUCUUCCACGGGCCGCAGGUAUUGCUGAGGAUGAGCAGUCACAGGGUGAGAGUUCGUGUUUUCCUCUCUCCCACACCAGCUCUGCCUUCUUGGUGUCGAUACCCUUAGGCUGCGUUUGCCUUGGCCGCCCCUGAGCUCCAUGGGUCUGGUUUCCCCCAGAGCCCUUUACCACUGGGCCCUCAUCUGUUUUGUCUUCCGAGUUCCAGGAAGCCAGGCCUGCUGACUAUCUCUUGGUAUACUUUGUUCUCGUCCUGGGACCCCGCUGAUCAUGGCUAGGGACAUACCUGUGGAAGGAUGGUGAUGCGGAAGGACUGGUUGGUGACCUCGCCCAUUAGGUAGAGUGAAAUGACUGGGAAAAUGUUCCACGGGGUGGUGCCUGCUUGCCAGCACACCAGCUGCUCCCCUAGCCAGAAUCCGUCUGGGAACUUCUCCGUCUGUGUUGGCAAGAAAGGGAUAACAGUGAGACCACCUCGCCCCUCCCAUUUUCAGAUCACACUUACUGGGCCCUAGAUGUGCUUUUCCGUGAAGUACCUAAACCGAGGGAAGCUAAGCCAAAACCCAGGGAUUAGAGGAAGAGAGCAAGAGUGAAGGCUAAAACUGACCAGGGAGACUGUGUGCGAACAGACUGAGGCCCAUGGAAGAGAACCACUUUUAAGUGAUCUAAGUAGAGGGGUCUGAGGGUAGGCAUCUUGGCUCUUGUGGAGGACUGUGGCCCUCGUGACUUUCCGUGACACUUCCGUUAUCUUUUGUAUCCCUGUCCUUACUCCCACUGACCGAGGAGGCUGCUUUGAUGGAUUUGACAGCAGCUUCGAACACUUUCUUGGGUAAUCGAAGGUUGGUGGUGCCACUGUCAACGAUGCUCUUGUCAUAGUUGUACUGAGAGGGAGAAAAGAGGUUAGCAUAUCAAAAGCCUUUUUGAUGCCAGGCAUUGGCCAAAAUUGGAGGGGUGAGUCUGACUACUUGGGGUCCUUCCUGGGUUGGCAUCCUGGCUUUGCCACUUCUUUGGUGGAUCUCUUUGGGCAAGUUACUGAACAUCUGUGCCUCAGUUUCCUCAUCUGUAACAUGAGGAUAAUAAAAGUACCUACCUCAAAGAGUUACUAUAAGCAUUAAAUAAAUUAAUAUAUUUGAAGUGCUGAGAAUUGUGCCCGGCAUAUAGGAAGCAGUCAGUAAACGUUAACUCGUGUUUUCUUAGGUGGGUAGACAUUCUCCAAAUCUUGAAAAUAAAAACGUCUUGUAUAAUACUUUUAACUUUUCAUAAUACAUCUGUAUCUGUUCUAACUUAAUGUACAUUAAGAAUCUAGGUCAGGAAUGCCCAGAUAGUUCAGCUGCUGGGUCCUGCCAUGUGUCAAGCACUGGGAUAAACACUUUAUUCAUUUUCUCUGUUUUCACCACAGUCUUUGGAAAAGCUGGUUUUACUUCCAUUUUGCAGAUAAGGAAAUUGAAACACAGAAUAGUGACUUGCCUGAGGGCACGUAGCUAGACCAGAGCUAGAAACCAAGGCUCUGACUCUGAAGCCAGAGCCUUCCAUAGCAUCGUGGCACUGUGCCUCUCGGACCACUCGCCCAGGGUCACAGAGCAAGACGUGCUUCUUCCUUACCAGACGUUAACCCAUGUGGGCCCUGGUCCCACAUUAAAUCUCUGAUCCCGCUGUGACCUUUAAGUUCCUGGCAGUCCCACGCUCAGCCCCCAACCCUCCUGCAGGUCCUGCCCCUCUGCCUUAUCCUCCCAGCCUCAUAACUCAGGGUCUGGCCUCAUGCUCUGUUGCUCCCCCUUACCUCUCCCUGCUUCCCCCUGGGUUUUGUUACCUCCUUGCAGUCCAUUUUCAGAUCCUGUCCAUUGAUCUCCACCCGUACAAUGAUCACCUCAUAAUACCACUCCCGCCUGAUGGGCGUAUACCAGAGGCUGCCCGUGUACAGCGAGUGGUCGAUACCCCCAAUGAUCUAGGGGAAAAAAAAGGCAGUACCCAUGAGCCGACACAGAAGGACAGCAAGUCACCCAGAGUGCCAGCAGUAGGAGCAGCCAUUUCGGGGUUGAGGGGGCAGCAGGGCAAAUCCCUCUGCACAUCCGCUUUCUCAUUUUCCUGCAUCUAAUCAGACCCCGUCCUAAAGCGAUCGAUACUCUCUUCAGUGUGUCAAGGAUGUAUUCAGGGGAGGAGGCUUUCCAGGAUUUUUAAUUACUUGUUUCAGAAUCACACAACCCUUGAUAUAAAGUUAUUUAAACCUAAACUGGCACAAUAAAUGUGGAGUGAAUGAUAACUUGCUUCUAUUACAAGUUUUAUUUUCUCUGCUUGUUGGAGAUAGAGAACCAUUCACCAUUGUCCUAAUUAAUUAAUAAAUGGACUUUUAAACUCCUUA